AUGCCGCUCGUCACUUCCACCAUGAUAGACAGUGACAAACCGCGCAUAAUCCUCGGCCUCAUGACGUUUGGCCCCCCGGGAACCGAGUCCAAGGGCAGCCGGAUCACUACUUUGGAGGAAUACAACAAGAACCUCGACUACUUCCAAUCCCUGGGGUACGACGAGGUAGACACGGCGCGGGCAUAUGUCGGUGGCCAGCAAGAAGCAUUCACACGAGAGGCAAAAUGGAAAGACCGCGGCUUGACUCUCGCCACCAAAUGCUACCCUGCACACCCGGGCGACCAUUCACCGGAGAAGUUGAGAGCGAGUCUCGAGAAGAGUCUGGCGGAACUGGGGACGAACUGCGUCGACAUCUUUUACCUCCAUGCCCCUGACAGAUCCGUGCCGUUCAAAGACACCUUACAAUGUUGCAAUGAGAUGUUCAAAGAAGGCAAAUUCGUUCAAUUGGGACUGAGUAAUUUCGCCGCCUGGGAGGUCGCCGAGGUUUGGAACAUUGCGAAUGAGCGCGGCUGGGUAAAGCCCACUAUCUAUCAGGCAAUGUAUAAUGCCAUCACAAGGGAUAUUGAGAAGGAGUUGGUUCCUUGUUGUCGAAAGUAUGGUUUGGACUUGGUUGCCUACAAUCCGCUCGCCGGCGGCGUGUUCAGCGGCAAGUACAAAUCCAAGAGCGAAGUGCCUAGUGAAGGCCGCUUCGCAGACGUGGCCAGGUCAGGAAAGAUGUACCGCGACCGGUAUUUCCAAGACUCGAUAUUCCAGGCCCUCAAAGUGAUCGAACCCGUCGUCCAGAAACAUAAUCUCACCUUAGUGGAGACAGCGCUGCGAUGGUUGACCCACCAUUCGAUGCUGAAGUUCAGCAAGGACGGAGGCAACGACGGUGUCAUCAUCGGAGUCAGUUCCCUGGCACAGUUGGAGAGUAACCUGAGGGAUCUGCAAAAGGGACCCCUACCGCAAGAGGUUGUCGAUGUGCUCGACGACGCGUGGGAGACGUGUCUGAAGGGCCGGGGACCAAGUUACUGGCGGUGA